GGCACUUCCAUGUGUGGUCCAGCAGGGGGCUGCGGUUAGCAUGGCCUUAAAGCCCCUGGACCUGUGACUGACGGGGAGCUGGUUCGAGCUCUGCUACCACAGCCCCCUGCAAGCCACAAAAACACGAUUGCCUUUUCCACUUGCUGUAGCAUUAACUGGAUCUAAAUAUGUUUGUUGCUCAGGUUAAAAUUUUAUGUGUUGCAAUUGCAAUGAUAAGGAAAUAGGGUGUAGCAAAAAAAUGCUGGGUAACUCAAGGUUGGUUAUAAAGUGUUUUUCCCUGGGCAGUGGUCCUGGAAAAAGAUUCCUUCAUUUUGUUUACUUAUUAGUACAAAAUUUUAGUAGAUGAUGUUUUUUAAGGGCUGCUUUAAUUCAGGUUGGAGAAUAAAUAAAAUAAACGUGUUGUAUUCUUUUUCGGCAAGAUGUCUAAGACAGGAAUCAUGUUUGUUGAGUAUUCUGAUUCCUUCUGAGGUGUCAUUUGUGACCUCAAUGUCACCUCAUGCUGGCCCUUAAACUUCAUGCCCCCUAGUGGCCAUCAAACAUAAUGGUUUCUGACUUCAAGCUAUUCUGCCAUAAAAAGCAAAACACUGCAACUGCAUGUUUUCCCAAAAUUGAGUUUUAUAGAAAUUGAGUUUCUUAGGCUCAGUUGUCUCUUGCGACGACAAACUUCGAAACCAUUUUUAGUGUUAGUGCAGUUACUGUGUUUUGCCUUGUAGGACAAUAUUGGCACCUCUACCAAUCUGUUUGAAUAUGUACACCGUCAGAAAAAAGGGUACAGCCCUUGUACAGUUUUGGUCUCCAAGGUACAAACAAAUUUAAUAUACCCCAAUGGUACAAAAUGUUCCUCAGAGUCCAUUUCUGUACCUUAAAAGGUACAUUUACCUACAGCUAAGAUACAGUUGACAGACUCUUGAGGGUACAGCCCUGGUGACAAGUAAUUGUACCCUUUUACAGCAUAAGUGUAGCAAUAAUUUUGUCAUUUCCAUUCUAUGUUUCUGUCCACCAUGUAUACAUCUGUCCAAAGCAUUACAUACCUCAUAAUGCAGUCUGUUGGUAGGAGGUUGUCUGUUGACUAAGAAAUUAGGUUUUCGGACCAAAUGAUUUCAGGUUCCGCACUCGAUCAUUGUCAUUCCAUCCUGGCAUCUCCUGCCUUGGUACCCCCUUGCUGACUCUAGGCUGGAUUUGACCCUGUACUAUAGAUAAGUGGUCGGAAGAUGGAUGAAUGGACUCGGUGUUAAACUUUUAACCUGAAUUGCUUCAAUAAAUUGUUCGGCUAUAAAAAAAGUAGCACAGCUCAAGACAACGAUCUGUAAGUCACUUUUUGAAAAAGUAAACUUAAAUGAAAAUAUGUCGACUUGCCAGUGUUGAUAAGGGAUCUUUGUAAUCUGUAUGCCAACAUGUAUUAAUUUGGAAAAAGAGAGAUUUCGAUUCUGUAAUUUGUUUAACGCCUUUUCCAGAGCGUAAAAAAUGAAUUUGGGCACAUGAAAGUCAGAGAAUGUGAACUAGAUUUGGUAUGCUGACUUUGAAUAUCUGCUCUUUUAAUUCCCGCCCUCCACGCUGUUUUGUAGCCCUGGAUGUAGCUACCUGGAUAUGUUAUGGAGUAUGAAAACAUCUGGUUUGAGGCUAAUCGUAAAUAAAUUACUUUGCGAAUACUUUAAUGUAGUGUCGACAAGUGGAAGUUGAGAUUUGAAAGCUGUUUUGUUUAAUAUGGAGUUUAUAUACACAGGAAAGAAACCACAGAGGUAAAAUAUCUAGUAGCAAUAUUUUGUGACAGAGGUUGUUAUGUUUCGCAGCACGGUGUCUUGAUGGGUAGUGCUAUUUCCUCGUAUUUCUGUGGUUGUGGGUUUCAAUCCCACCCUUGUUCUUUGUGUGGAGAGCUUGCAGGUUCUGACCACGUCACACAGGUGUUGUACAGGUUCUCUGAUUUCCUUUUUGCGGUCUAAAGGCAUGCAUUGAAGUUAACUGGAGUCUCUUUAUUCCUCAUAGUGUAUGAUUGUGUGUCUGAGCUGUGGUGGAUGGGCAUUGCAUCCGCCCUGCCUGGUACCCUGCCUAGUGCCCUGCUUAGUGCCCUGCUUAGUGCCCUGCUUAGUGCUCUACCUGGUGCCCUGCUUAGUGCCCUGCCUGGUGCCCUGUGCUGCCUGGAACUGGCUUCAGGAUCCUUAUGAGUAGGAUAAGUGCUUGGAAGAUUGAUGGAUCACAAGGUUUAUUAGUUGAUUGUCUAGCACUAUUCUGUCUAAGGUAUCAAAAAAUAUGGCAUUUGUUAAAACAAGUGGCAAAAAAUCAGAUCUAGACAAAAACAUUUGUGAUUAAUUGCGAUUGAUUGAAACAAGGCUCAGUAUGAUACCCCAUUAUAACUUUAUUAGUGCUGUUGCUAUAAAAUGACAAUUUCUGCCUACAUCAAAGAUUUGGAGAUAUUUAAGGUGAUUCAGAGUCAUUAUCUUUGGAAAAAAUAUUACCACGUUUAAUGGGGUGCCUGUAACUCAUUCAUUUUACGACGUAUGUUUUUUUCCUUCCGAUCAUUUUCAUCCUUUACACACUUACUCAUCUUUACCUUGUUAAAGGCAAAUGGUGCCUGUGGUGUAUUUUCUUUUGCACUUACGCGUUUCUCAGACCACAUUUUAUAACUGCACACCGAUAAGUCUGUCCACUUGAUUGCUUGUUUCACUAAUGAGGACCUUCUUUAUUAUUAUAGAAAUUCUUCUGGAAGUUCUAUUCUAGGUUUUUUAUUUGCAUAUGUUUUGAAUCUGCUUCAGUUUUUCCCACAGUGCAUGAUUAAAGUUUGAUUAAUUAAGCCAUUCGCUUUCUCAUAAGCAGCUUUGGAAUCGGAAUCAUUAAACUCAUCAUUCAGCCUCUUAGAAAAGAGAAACAAGGAAAAAAAACAUUCUGAAGAAUGCAGGUUUCACUGAAACCAUCUCAUUCUGUAAAAUGUGCGUUGUGGCAUUGAAUAAAAAUGUAAAACACUAAUAAGCAUUACAAUAAAUAUAUGUACACAUUUUAGACAUUUAUUGCUAUUUUGUCAUGCUCCUCCAAUCCGAUCAGUAAAUGCUUGUGGUGUUUCUGGCUAAAUAUCCAUAGUGUACAGAUCACAAAACAUCACGUACAUCCCCAACUGUAUAAGCCAAAGCCCACCAUAUAAACUGAGGAAGGAGAGUCAGAGUGAGCCGUGUGUCCUCUGAUUAUAUACUUGAAUAAAGUUCAUACUUAAAGAAUAGUUAUUUGCCUUUACUUGACUUGUUUUGCUGGUUAGCAUAUUUUAAGUUUUUAAAUAAAAUUCAGUUUGAGGCCAGUAGCCUGCUUCAGAGAAAUUCAUGGAGAGAUCUUGAUGGAUCUCAUGCGGUAUGGCAGCUAUAAAAAGCCAUCUUCCAUUUCAUCAUAAAUUUCCCUGCGUAGGACUAAAAGAACUUGAGUAUUACCAUUAACUCUAGCCAAGACACUGGCAUAGGAAUCUUUACAAUUUUUUUUUUUGUUUUUUAGGUAUAUCCAAAAAACAUAAAAGUAAUAGUUUAUCAUAAAGGUGUAUAGAAUUGUGGAUAUAAUAUGAAGAAGAUGAGAAAGACACUUUUUACAGUGUUAAAUCACCAGAUUUAAUUUAGUUAUUACCCAUAUAUUGUACUUAAAAGGAUCCCUGUGUUUUUAACAUAUGCCAUCUUUUUGUGGGUAUCCAUGUAGAAUUGGCUUUUAUGGACUUCUAAUAGGAUAGAUGGAGUGAAGCUGUUAUCUUCAGAGAGAAGGUCUCUGUAGUGCAGGAUUGUCCCUAGGGCAGUGUUUCCCAAUGUGGUCCUCAGGGACUCACGGGACAGGCCAUGUUUUUGCUCCCUCCCAGCUCCCGAGGGAGCAAAAAUGUAGACUGUCUGGUCGGGGGCUUGGCAGGAGCAAAAACAUGGACUGGCGCUGGGUCCCCGAGGACCAGACUGGGAAACACUGGGCUAGAGAGCAGACAACAGACUAGAAUGUAGGACCUGGUUUUUAAAAUCUCAGUGCUCUUCUCGCUCUGUACUCCGGCCUGAGGCUCACAUUAAAGGGGCCCGAAAUAUAUCACAGGAAACGACCAUUUCAGUUAAUCCGCCUGCUACCUUUCCCGCAUCAGUGCGGAGAGCGAAACCUGGCACAUGUCAGCCAUAAAGUUGAUUAAUUUAUUUCAAACGGCUGAUUGCAGAUUUCAGAGUACGGGUUCAAGGUCUGGCUCGUGGGAUGGCGUCUUUGAGCCUUUUCUGCCAGACGUUUCAAGGCCAGUCAUCCAUCCAUGUUUGAAGCUGCAUUUCCCUGGUCAUCAUCUUUUGGUGGCAACAGAUGUAAUCAAUUUGGUGAAAUGAAAAUGAAGCCCGUGGAUGCAGCUGUCAGUCACUUUGGCCUGUUGUUUGUUUUUCUGCUAUUUAAACUCGUGUUUCAGUUUUUUUUUUUUUUUUUGUAAACACAUCAAAAUUUUUGCCGGGAAGCAUUUUGUGUCAUUUCUGCUAGCUGCAGAUAAGUUCAUAUAACAAAGAGAAAUUAAUUACAUUCUCCCAAAAGUCAUUGAAAGCGUCUCAAAUAAGCAGAGAUUAUGCAGUAAUUGGGUGUUUGGAGAGAAAAUGUGACUUUUUUAUAUGAAGUCAAGUGAAGUUCAAGGAUAAUAAUAAUAAUAAUAAUUAUUAUUAUUAUUACUGUAGAACACUAAAAGCCUUAUUAUUAUAUAUUUGAUGUAGUAGUACAGUGUAUUUAUAAAUACUGAAUUUUGGGCAGUAUUUACCUUGCUACAGGUAUUCCUCAGGCCAAGUCUGGUCAGGUCAGUUUCUUUGCGAGAUUUCCAGCUUGCUACUUGUUGUUAACAAUGUUUCUACCAAUAAUUAAAUUUAUCAGCCUAUGAAGUUCAGGGAGUAUUUUCAUGCUUAAUUAGAAUAUUUAUCUUCCUUUACCCUGAGCUGCCAAAAUCAGGAUUGUGGGGCCCCUGCUUCGCUCAGUGAUAACCUUUAUAUAUGGUUAGGUGGGCGAUAUGGCAAAAAUAUUGUAUUACGAUGUUUUUCAGACAGGAUCACCACCCACGAUCUUAUCACGAUUCUUUUUCAUGUCUGUUUUUUACACUAUUUUGCAUGUUACCGCGUGGUUGUAGCAGCUGAUGCACUCGCACGAGUUCCCCUCGCUGUUUCACUGUCAGCAUACUCUUUUGGGUGUUUUCUUUUGCGCUGAUGAAAAAACGUUUGUCGUGCUGCCAUCCGACGUGUGAACCUGAUCUUCGCAAGUUCUGCAAAUAGCUGUCAUUUACUCUGUGUCAGUCUUGAAAAAUUCAAACAAGUUCCAAAUGACUGAUGUUGCAUUCUUUCUAGGGACCAACUCUUCCAUGACGUCCAGGCCACUGCGUCGCCAGAUACGGAAUGUGUUGCAUGUUGGUAUGAGGGUGCGAAAGGGAGAGAGGAAGAAAUCCCAGGCAAUACCUACUGUUUGCUGUCACCGGUUUAUUGGCGUAUUGAAAUGGAUUUGGCUGACGAAACAGCUUUAGAUGCGUGUAUGGCCAUUGAACUGCCACUGAUAGAAUGCGUACUGUAGAACGAUAUUAACGAUCUCUCCGUAAAGGCAGAUCGUGGAGAUGUUUUAAUCGUUCACGUUCUAAUAUCACGAAAUUUCACACCACUUACAGGCCCUGAGGACCAAGCUGGUGAAGUAUGAGCAUGUAUUGGUCAGUAUACUGGACCAGGCCUGCACGCUACUGGCCGACCAAGCUGUGGAUGAAGCAAGUAAGCCAUGGGAAAGCUCCACACCCAGACGCGGUGAGCGAUUGGCUGGUGGUGCCAGGAAACGCUGAUGUAUUUCGUACUACUGUGUCCUUGAGUGAUACUGCUUUGGAAUGAAUGUAUUUUCACACGGUUAAUACGAAUUGUAAAGUUAUGCAAAUGUGACACUAAUGCUGUGUAUAUCCUUCAAAAUGAGCUAACGGGCAAGAUUCUUGCUGUGAAUUUUGUCUUUCUUCUUAAGGUUACAGCAGUGGGGGCUUCUUAAUUUAGCCAGUCAAAGUCCUGACUCCUAAUGCAGGCAGGCUGUGCUGUCAAGUGGAGAGGGAGUUGGAUUUUCAGGGGCGUGAAUCAGAGCAUGUUGAUGGCACACUUCAUUGACUCCGGGAAGCGCAGCUUCACUGACUUUGGUGGAACGUGCUGUCAGGCUUUCGGUGGCAUGGAUGUAGCGUUUUCUUGGGAUGUAGAUCUCGGCCUGGGAUGUCAGCCUGCGAGGAAUGUAUGUGACCAUCGAAAACACAAUGACAUCAUGUGACACACCCAGUCGCAGAUUGUUUUUACUGCUUCAUCCUUAAGUAUGCUUUUUCCUGAGCAAUGAAGCUAGAAUAUUCUAGAAUAUUAUAGUAGAGAAUAGUAAUAAAAGGUUAAAUUCUAAUAUGGAAGGCAUAUUUCAUCUGUUAAUUAAAGGUAAAUAUAUAUUAAAGGUAAUUAUUUAAUCAUUGGCUGUGUUUGCCACCCCGCCUAAAUUGUGCAUUUGCAUGAGGUCCCCAAGGUCUGGCCACAGACAGUCACUACACUAGGAGUCGUGGGGGGGGGGGCAGAGUGACUGGUUUAAUGUAAGGUGAUGGUGAGCAGAAGUAUUACAACAUCAGAGGCUGUUUGAAGGAAGAGCAGACAGUUAGCCUUUGGCUAACUGCUAAGCGGCCCCGCAGUGGGCUAAUGGGGCUAAUGAGCGUAAUUUUCCAAGUUGAGCUGGCGCGGCUCACGGCCGAGGUCGUCCGCCAUCGGGUCGAGGCGGUGCGGGAGUGCUGGGAGAUCCUCAGCGGCCGGGUGGACGGCUGGCAGAGGAACAUGGAGGAAGCCUUGGAGAAGCUGCAGGACAGCGAAGGGACGACCAGGCAACAGUCACAGGACCCACGAGAAGCCGGGAAGCCCGUGGGGGACAUUGCAUCCCUACUGGACCAAAUUCAGGGGACUAUUGUCUUCACGGAGGAAAUCGCACCUCUGGAAUCUGACGCAAUGCUUUCGAAGAGCAGCCCCAGCCAUCUCCCAGCCCUCGGAGCUCUGCUCUCCCAAAACACGUCCAGACUCAGUAACCUCGGUAUGCACUGGAAACUCAUACAGGUGGCCAUGGAGGAGCGAUUUGGCGUAUUUCCGGACACGGGACCCUCAUCUCAGCACUUCCUGUCCACUUCCGUUCAACUUCCAUGGCAAAGAGCAGUUUCCCCAAACAAGGUCCCUUACUACAUAAACCAUGAGACUCAAACAACCUGCUGGGAUCAUCCAAAAAUGACAGAGCUCUAUCGUUCACUAGCAGCCAACCUGAACAAUGUGCGUUUCUCGGCCUACCGGACCGCCAUGAAGAGCCGGCGAGUGCAGAGGACCUUGUGCCUUGAUUUAUUGGACCUGAGCACAGCCCAGAAGAUUUUCGAGCAGCAUAAGCUCAGAAAUGGCAGGCUGUUAGACGUGCCUGACGUCAUCAGCUGCCUGACCAGUAUAUAUCACCUGCUGGGGAAAAGCCACGGGGGACUGGUCGACAUCCCUCUCUGCGUGGAUUUGUGUCUCAACUGGCUUCUCAAUGUUUACGACAUAGGUCGGAGUGGGACGAUUCAAGCGCUCUCAAUGAAAAUUGGAUUGCUGUCUCUCUCCCAAGGGCAUCUGGAAGACAAAUAUGAAUACUUGUUCCGGCAAGUGGCUUCCCCGGAGGGAUCCUGUGACCAAAGGCAGCUGGGAAUGCUGCUGCAGGAUGUCAUCCAGAUCCCGCGGCAACUGGGAGAGGUGGCGGCCUUCGGGGGGAGCAACAUCGUGCCCAGUGUCCGCAGCUGCUUCCAGCACGUGAAAGGAGAGAUGGGAAUCGAACCCGCUCAGUUUGUGGAAUGGAUGCGCUUGGAACCACAGUCCAUGGUGUGGUUACCGGUCCUCCAUCGCGUGGCGGCCGCCGAGACGGCCAAACACCAGGCCAAAUGCAACAUCUGUAAGGAGUUUCCCAUUGUGGGCCUCAGGUACCGCAGCCUCAAGCACUUCAAUUAUGAUGUGUGUCAGAGCUGCUUUUUCUCCGGCCGGACGGCCAAGGGCCACAAGCUGAACUACCCCAUGGUGGAGUACUGCACCCCUACGACCUCUGGGGAGGACAUGCGCGAUUUCACCACCGUGCUGAAAAAUAAGUUUCGAUCGAAGAAGUACUUCGCCAAACAUCCCCGCCUGGGGUACCUACCGGUGCAGACGGUCCUGCAGGAGGACGCCAUGGAGACCCCAGUCACACUCCUGAGCAUGUGCCCCGAACACUACGAGCUGUCACACGCGGAGACGGCGGACGCAGCCUGGCUGGCGGACAGCGACUCCACAGCGGGGAGCAUCAUGGAGGAUGACCACACCCACAUCUCCUACCUGCCCUCUGGGGGCCCAGAGUUGCCCCUCUGCCACCCGGAAAGCCCCGGCCACAUUUGGGAUGCGACGGAUGGAGAUGGACAGUUCGUGAUGGAGGACACCAUCGGCCAGAUGGAGCGUGAGCAAAGCAGCUUGUAUGCAGACUUCAGCGACCUGAAAGUGCCGCACUCUGAGAGGGACCGAUCCAGCCCCUCAGAGUGUGAAGCGUCAGAUUACAACUGCAGAGAGGAGGCGGAGGAGACGACCGAGGACUGCCAGGUGGAAGACGAGCUCCCGCCGUGGCACAGGAGCCUUCUGGAGGAGCGGGUUCAGGCCUUUGAGCUCCACAACAGGCAGACGGAGGCCCAGCUUUGGUGGCUGAGGAAGCUUCUGGAUCAGCCCAGGACAGGCACUGGGGCGAAAAGUGUCUCUUUAUCCCCCGUAUAUCGGAACGUCCUCGUCCGACAUUCCGUCACAGAAGGGGCCGGAAUUCUGUUUGAUCCCGCAGAGGACCUGUUAGGCCGAGUGCACAACACCGAUGUUGCCAGCGUGGAGGACAUCUCCGAGGCUUUCCCUGCAUCCAUCUGAAAUGUAAGUACUGUACACUAGAGACACUCGCCAUGGAAAGACUGGCCCUGCUAGAUGGUAGAUCUGCAAGAGAAGAGGGACCAGGACAGCAUCACCUCGCCAAGCGGUUCCUGCCUAUGCAACCGUGAAACUUUCACGACCUCCGACUGCGCUGAGGCUGCUUAUCUGCGGCCUCUGUGUGGAAUGAUGGCUUAGAGGGUCUUUCCCAGUGUCAGGCUGCUCCCAUCAGGAGUGCAGUUUUGGUCUGCUGCAGAGUUCCAUAUGAUGCCAUUACUGGUAAAAUGAGCCUUGAUGUUACAGCCAUUACACCCCCCCCCCCAAAAGAUAAUAGCCUUGGUUUGCUUAUUGGAUAAAUCACAUUGAACACCCUCUCCUUUCGAGCACCGCCAUGAAAAAACAAUCUCACACGCUCUCAAACCUUCUUUCUGUGGCUGAUGAUCUCUAAUCGAAACCAUUAAUUUACAUCGUGAUGUAUAUCAGUUACUUUCUGAAGCCAGUUGCAUUUUCUAAUUAUGCUUUCUAAUUAUGAUUUGAAUCUGAGGGGAAGAAAAGUAAAGAUUAGUGCGGCUUAAUCUUGGCCAGAAGUGUUUAUUAGUACACCAUUUAAAUCCUGAGAUUGUAACCAGGUGUUUGGAUCAGGUGUAAUAAUAAACAUUUUGGGAGAAACAUAAAUGGCACAUGAACUAACUUCUGUGUUUUCUAAUCUCUACACAAGGUGUAUAUUUUAAUGUAAUAAGGGAGGGUAUGAUAUUUCUGGUGAAAGUUUUAAAAGAAGAAUUAGUCCCAAUGGUGACCCAUUGCUAGGUAUAAAAGAGUGUGUGGUAUAGGGUACUUCUGGUACAGGGUACUCAUGGUGUAGGGCACACGUGGUGCAGGGUACUCGUGGAGUAGUGUACUCGUGGUGUAGGGUACACGUGGUUUAGGGUACUCGUAUGGGGUCCUCAUGGUGUAGGGUACACAUGGUUUAGGGUACUCUUUGUAUGGGGUACUCGUGGUGUAGGGUACACAUGGUUUAGGGUACUCUUUGUAUGGGGUACUCGUGGUGUAGGGUACACAUGGUUUAGGGUACUCGUUGUAUAGGGUACUCGUGGUGUAGGGUACACGUGAGAGAGGAUGCAGAUCCAUCAGAGAGCAGACGCACCUUCAGGCAGACUGUUUAGUCACUUGUUCAGCAGAACAGCAUGGUUUUGCAUAAACCAUAUUGCAUUUGUGCCGAUUUGUUGUACUCUGUUUUGGGAAAAAAUACUGUAGAGACAAAUACCAUCACAAGCUCCAUUUGAUUUUCGGAAUGGCACAAGUAUGAUUUAAACCAGUAGCUUUAAAACAAAAGGUAAUUAUUUGUUCUGCUAGCUAAUGAAGAGGAGAUCCCCAGAAAAAAAUAAAGAACGUGUCUGUUUCAGACAUCUAGCUUAUCCAGGAACGCAAGAAUGUUCUGUAAGCAUCUGAAUUCUGAGGUUUUGGAGGUGUUUCUCUGUAUGGUCUGGUCUGGUACAUCUGCUCUUAAUGCUAUUGUGUAUGACUGUCUCUAGAGAUAUGAGACAAUCUGAGACUUGUUCUUGUGAUCAUUCAGAAUUAUUUAGUGGGGUUUACAGUUUGUGUCGGUGUUUACAUUACAGUAUGAAGACACCAUAGCUCAGAUUACUUUCAUACUGCUGAGUACUUGAAUAUCUUGACUUGUGUUCUUGCUGAGAAAUGUCAAAGUAUAUUUUCUUUGAGGAAUAUUGUGUUUGUUACAUUCAUAUAUCUUUGACUGUCGACAGUCGGUGGUAAUGAAAUCUACAAUGAGGCCAGAAUGAUUUCUGUAUGUUUUGUUCCAAAUAAAUAUUUUAUGAUUUUU